CGGUCGCGGCACGCCAUCGACCGGUCUGUCCAAGCGAAAACACAGUAGUCCGGCUCCGGCGCACAGGGAGAUCGAGAGAGAGAGAGGGCUAUACUAGGCACUAGCUAGGAUCAGCCAGCGCGGGCGCCAUGAGCUUGGCGGGGCGGCGCAAGUCGUCGCACGCGGGCGCGGGAGCCGGCGCCGGCGCCGGCGCCCUCGACGCGUCCGCCACGAAGCACGCCACGACGUCGCUGCGCAAGGGCGGGCGGCUGCCGGUCUACGUGGCGAGCGUCUUCUUCUUCCUCUGCGUGGUGGUGAUGUACGGCGAGGACAUCCGGUCGCUGACGAUCGAGCCGCUCACGCGCGUGCCCGCGCCAGCGGUGCCGGGCACCACGGGCGCUGGUGGGCGGCAAGUCGUGGUGGUGCCCCGGCGAGACAUCUCCGCUUCUGAGAAGCCCGCCGCCGUGCUGCACCGCGGCGAGCAGGAGAAGCCGAAGAAGCACGCGGUGACCACGACGACGACGACGACGGCGCCGCCGGUGGCUGUCGAGAAGCCGCAGCAGAAGGUGGUCGCCACCGCCGCCGCCAAGAGCGAGAGGAAUACGGCCAAGAAGGCGGCGGCGAAGAAGAAGAAGAAGCCGCGCAGGCAGCAGCGCGCGGCGAAGAAGACGGUGGUGCCGCCCGCGCUGGGCGUGCCGGAGACUUGCGACCUGUCCAAGGGGCGGUGGGUGUUCGACAACACGAGCUACCCGCUGUACCGGGAGGAGGAGUGCGAGUUCCUGACGUCGCAGGUGACGUGCAUGAAGAACGGGCGGCGCGACGACACGUACCAGAAGUGGCGGUGGCAGCCCAAGGGAUGCUCCAUGCCCAGGUUCGACGCGAAGCUGUUCAUGGAGAGGCUCCGGGGCAAGCGGUUCAUGUUCGUGGGGGACUCGCUGAACCGCAACCAGUGGGAGUCCAUGGUGUGCCUGGUGCAGUCGGCGUCCCCGCCGGGGAAGAAGUACGUCACAUGGGAGGGCCAGCGCGUCGUCUUCCACGCCUGGGAGUACAACGCGACGGUGGAGUUCUACUGGGCGCCGUUCCUUGUGGAGUCGAACUCGGACGACCCCAAGAUCCACAGCAUCCAGCACCGGAUCAUCAAGGCGGACACGAUCGGGGCGCACGCCGAGAACUGGCGCGGCGUGGACUACCUCGUCUUCAACACCUACAUGUGGUGGAUGAACACGCUGGACAUGAAAGUCAUGAGACCGGGCGCCAAGAGCUGGGAGGAGCACGACGAGGUGGUGCGGAUCGAAGCGUACCGGAAGGUGCUGACGACGUGGGCGAGCUGGGUGAACGACAACGUCGACCCGGCGCGCACGUCCGUCUUCUUCAUGAGCAUGUCUCCUCUCCAUAUCAGCCCGCAGGUGUGGGGCAACCCAGACGGGAUCCGGUGCGCCAAGGAGACGAUGCCGCUGCUGGACUGGCACGGCCCGCUGUGGCUGGGCAUGGACUGGGACAUGUUCCACCAGGCGAGGAACGUGUCCCGCGGGGGCGGGGCGUCGCCGCGGGUGCCCAUCACCUUCCUCGACAUCACCACCAUGUCGGAGCGGCGCAAGGACGGCCACACCUCCGUGCACACCAUCCGCCAGGGGAAGGUGCUGGGCCCCGAGGAGCAGGCCGACCCGGCCACCUACGCCGACUGCAUCCACUGGUGCCUGCCCGGCGUGCCCGACAUCUGGAACCUCAUGCUCUACACCAGGAUACUGUCCAGGCCUGCGGUCCAGUUCCAGUGAAACGGCUACAGAGACCGGCACAAGAGGGCCAACCCUUCGGUUCGGCUCGGCUCGCCAAUUCCAUUUUAUUGGCUGCUGGUGGACUGGUUAUACACACAAUCGUCGGUUCUGAAAGGAUUUUUUUUUUUACUCUCUCCUCUUUUUUUUUCUUCAUAUUUCUCUCUCUCUCUCUGGUCUUUUUCCAUGUCGACAGACGCCUUUGGUUGUUUAUUAUAUAUAUAGGUGGUAUAGGUCAGUCAAGUGAAAAUGGACUGUAAAUGGGCGCGCUGCGACAUUGAUUAUCCCAGAUCGAUCAAAAUGUACAUUCGCCGGGGUAACAAAAACCGGAGCAAAUAUGGUUU